UGGAGAUUAGUUUUUAUUCCCUUCUCUUCUCUCUCCCUAGGGUUUUUCACUCACAAUCUGAAGGGAGAGUAGUGAAGCUGAAACAGAGGGGCUAAGGAAGAAGAAGAAAAAGAUGGCUCGUAACGAAGAGAAAGCGCAGUCUAUGCUGAACAGGUUCAUCACUCUGAAGGCGGAGGAGAAGAAGAAACCGAAGGAACGAAGGCCCUUCUUGGCCUCCGAGUGCCGCGACCUAUCAGAUGCUGACAAGUGGCGCCAGCAGAUCAUGCGCGAGAUCGGCCGCAAGGUCGCCGAGAUCCAAAACGAGGGACUCGGCGAGCACCGCCUCCGCGACCUCAACGACGAGAUCAACAAACUCAUCCGCGAGAAAUCCCAUUGGGAGCGCCGAAUCGACGAACUCGGCGGCCCCAAAUAUGCCAGACACUCCGCCAAGAUGACCGACCUCGACGGCAACAUAGUCGAUGUCCCCAACCCUGGUGGCCGUGGCCCCGGUUACCGCUACUUCGGCGCCGCGAAGAAACUCCCUGGCGUCCGGGAGCUUUUCGAGAAGCCGCCGGAGCUUCGGAAGCGGCGAACCCGCUACGACAUUUAUAAGCGGAUUGAUGCAAGUUAUUAUGGCUACAGGGAUGAGGAGGAUGGUGUAGUUGUGCGCGUGGAGGGCCCUGCUGAGAAGAAGAUGCGUCACGAGACAGCGGAGGAGUGGCGGCGGUUGGAGGAGAUAAGGAAGGAGGCGAGGAAGGGUGUGAAGAGUGGGGAGGUUGUGGAGGUGACUGCGGCAGUGAGGGAGCUGCUUCGUGAGGAGGAGGAGGAUGUGGUGGAUGAGGAGAGGAGGAGGGAGAGGGAGAUGAGGGAGAGGUUGGAGGAGAAGGAGAGGGAGUUUGUUGUGCACGUGCCGCUGCCUGAUGAGAAGGAGAUUGAGAGGAUGGUUCUUGAGAAGAAGAAGAAGGAGCUGUUGAAUAAGUAUGUUAGUGAGGGUCUCUUGGAGGAACAGAGUGAGGCUAAGGACAUGCUUAACAUUCAGCGUUAGUUUUAUUUUUAGUUCUCUCUUUUGUAAUUGACUCAAGAAUAGCACAUUUGGGUGUAGAUUUGUUGGGUCUUUUAAGUAACUUUGAUAUGUAGUUCACCCAGCUGAAAAUGCUAAACUUCCCCUUUGAUAUGAUUUUUCUCACUGGAUUUGUAUAUUUGAUAUUUUGACUGCAAUUACUCUCACCCUGACUGAUCUUGUGAA